AUGAAUAGGCUAAAGAAUUUCAUGAUGGCUCAAUCCGAGAAGUUGAAUGAAUUCACAUUGUCUUGUAACAAAAUGUUAGAGGUCUUAUUUACUCAUGGAAAGAUGCUUGAGAACCAAAUCAUUCAACUAGCCAACCCUUUGAGAGAUUGUGCUAGUCCUCCUUCUUUACCAUCACAAGAAGUUGACCCUAGGGAUCCGAUGUGUGCUAUCACCACUAGGAGUAGUAAGGUCCUUAAAGAGAGUGUUCCUAGGAAAAUUAAGGAGGGUGAAAAGGAGAGUGAUUUGAGUGAAGGGAAUAAGCAUGAAGAGUCUAGCAAGAUGAGUGAGAAUUCCAAUGAUAAGCCUAAGGAGAAAGAGAGGAAGAAAGAUGAGGUUUACAAACCUAGACUUCCUUACCCACAAAAGUUCAAUAGGCACAAAUUGGAUGAGAAAUUUGGACAAUUCAUCAAGAUGCUUAAGAAGAUUCACCUUAAUAUUCCUUUCACCGAGGUCUUGGAACAAAUGCCAAACUAUGCUAAGUUUCUUAAGGAAAUUUUGAGCGGUAAGAGAGGUUGCAAUAUGGUGGAACUGGUGAAUUUGGGGGAGUGUUGUAGCACCUUAAUUCAUAAUGACUCACCCCAAAAGUUGAAAGAUCACGGAAAUUUUUCCGUACCUUGCAAAAUCAAAGGAAAAUUGUUCCAAAAUGCCCUUUGUGAUAUUGGUGCUAGUGUUAGCAUCAUGCCUUAUUCCGUUUUCAAGAAACUUAAGCUAGGUGAGCUCCUUCCAUCCAACAUAACCCUUCAAUUGGGCGAUCGAUCUAUUAAGUUUCCAAAGGGGAGAGUUGAGGAUGUUCCCCUCAAGAUAGGAGAGUUCACCAUUCCCGUUGAUUUCAUUGUGCUUGAGAUUGCGGAAGGUGAUCAUAUCCCUAUCAUUUUAGGAAGACCUUUCUUAGCCACUUCGGGAUCCUUAAUAGAUAUCAAAGGAGGUCGUAUUACCUUGAGAGUUGGUAAGAAUGAGGAAAGUUUUGAGCUAAAACCAAUGUAUGAGUCUUUGUCUCUUGUGAAAGGAAUUUUGUGUGUUAAUUCCCCUCGCCCUAUUGAUGAUGUAUGCAUGAUUGAUUCUUCAACUAACAAUGUUCUUGAGAAUUGUCAUGAUGUGAUUUUGAGUUGUGAUUGCAAGAAGGUUAGUGAAGAGAAAACGAAGCUUCCCAAGCUUAUGGACGAGGAGGAAAUUGACAUUACUCAUUGGUUUGAGCACUACCCUCAAGAGGAGGACGAUGACCCUAAGAGUGUGGAUGGUGUGAAACCAUCUACAAAGAGGAACAAGGCAAAGAAAAGAGCACGAGCUUCUAGGAAAAAGAGAAAGAGAAUGAGAUUAUGGAAAGAGAAGCUUGAUUUUGAGGAGUUAUUGAUUGAAGUCUCAUCAAGCAACAAUGAGAAUUUGCUAUAA